GACCGGCCUCUUCUGUCUCCCAGAGUUCACUGCAAAACUGGAGAACUGCUCAAUCCCUAAACCAGACUGUGAAAUUCCAGAGAUCCUGAGUGAAGAGCCAGUUUCCAAAUCCCCGAGCCAGUCUUCUAACAGACCAAAAGAUGAGAACGGUGUCCCUGAAAGCAGCACGCCCACUGCACCUCCACCCUGCCCCGUCCUCACACCGGUACCAGCUGGACAGACCCCUUACCCUCCUUAUUUUGAAGGAGCCCCCUUCCCCCAGCCCUUAUGGGUGCGCCACACCUACAGCCAAUGGGUUCCUCAACCUCCUCCGCGACCAAUCAAGAGAAAGAAGAGGCGGACGCGAGAACAGGGCCGCAUGACCAUAAGCACCAUCCGUCUGCGACCACGGCAGGUCCUCUGUGAAAAGUGCAAGAACACACUGAAUAGUGACGAAGACAGCAAAGAUGGCACGAGCAAAACCUCCAGGAAGGAAAACGCCCCUCAGAGCGACGAGGACGGAGAGUUUAGGGACACUCCGGCCAAGUUGUCAAGAAAGGAUGACAUCACUGGACCCAAGGAUGCCAAGAGACGUGAAAAUGCCACCAGCCUGGACAGUAAACGCCUCAGAAAGGACAAACGGGGGGAGGCUGAUGUGAUCCCUCACAGUCCUGUUAUUAAGAUCUCCUACAGCACUCCACAAGGAAAGGGGGAGGUCAUGAAGAUCCCCUCACGGGUUCACGGUUCCAUCAAACCCUUCUGCCCAAAGCAGCUAGUGCAAAAUGGCAAAGGGUCCACUGACACCACCAAGGAGCAGCGGCACAUUCUGGACGCGACUCGGUCUGGUCUUACUGUCUCUAUUCCAAAACUCAAACUAACCAGGCCUUUUGCGACGGUCGGCAAGGACCCAUCCUGUCCAAAGAUCCGGUUGAGACCUCCUCAGAGUCAAGGCGAGGAGACAAUGGUCGAGUAUGAGGCAGAACUUGUUGAGGGCAGCACAAGACAAAGUCCCAGGGUGCCAGGACCAUGUCUUCCUCACUCAGAAGACUCAGGAGAAGGAAAGAACUCCUUGGAAUUGUGGUCCGGGAGUUCUGGAGAGGAGGCAGAGCGCAACCACAGCGACCUGACUCUCCUGAUCAACUUCCGUAAGCGAAAAGCAGAUUCUUCGAGCCUGUCCGUCUGCAGCAGCGACAGCUUGGACGAGUCCAAGUCCUUCAGCUCUGAGGGAACCUCACCUGAGCUCUGUGAUCUGGCACCGGGCGAAGACCUCUCAGUCACAUCAUCCUCCAUAACUCCUCAGGACAGCUGCAAGACGGUGCCGCCGCUGACGGUGCGGCUCCACACCCGCAGUAUGACCAAGUGUGUGACAGAGGAGGGUCACGCCGUGGCGGUGGGUGACAUCGUGUGGGGGAAGAUCCACGGCUUCCCCUGGUGGCCGGCCCGAGUCCUCAGCAUCAGCGGUGCCGGCAAGCAGGAGACAGCCCAGUGCGAGGCCCAGUGGCCCCAGGCCAAGGUGGCGUGGUUCGGUUCCCCCACCACCUCCCAGCUGUCUGUAGCCAAACUGUCGCCGUUCAGAGAGUUCUUCAGGUCCCGCUUCAACCGCAAAAAGAAGGGCAUGUAUCGAAGAGCCAUCCUGGAGGCAGCGAAGGCCGUGGGCCACAUGGGUCCAGAGAUCACAUCACUGCUGUCCCACUGCGACACGUAGG